GCAAGACGGAACGCCAUGACGCUCCUAACUGAGAUCAUGGAGGAGAUGUCGGCGCCUCCUUUGAUAGAGCAUCCCUUUUUUCGGAGCUUUCGCCACAAGCACCCGAAGCUUCUGAACCAGCUCUGUUGCGAGGCCCUGGUUCCUGUUUUCCACUCCGCUCCGGAAGUGGUCUUCACCGUCGGCGAAUCUUGCUCCAUGAUGUACGUCAUCAUCAAUGGCCAAGCGCAGUAUGCUGCGCAGCUGCCACCUCCCAGGGAUUCUCCGGCCGGAACUCCUGGCACGCAGGUCAGGAAGAUGCUGCAGAGCGGUCAAUGGCUUAGUGAAGCGGCCCUUUGGACUGGCUGGGUACACCGCGGAGAGCUGCGAACGCUCUGCGACUGUUUGUUCUUUGGGCUUGAAGCCGGCAGGUUUGCCAGGGUCAUCUCCUCCCAGAAGUCGGCCCAUGCUUUCGCGGCCAGCUAUGCCAGGAAAUUUGUGGAGGGUCUGAACCGAAGCAUUCAGUCGGACAUCACGGAGGCCGGCCCAGUUGACUGA